AUGGCUCGACACAGCAGACCUUUCGUCAUACGGGAAGCGUUUUCAGACGGUCGCCUGGACGUCAAAAACACACCCGAUUGGAGCAUCUCUGGACUCCGCCUUCCCGCAGAAUGCGAGCGGAGAAGACGGCGUCUAGCCGCAAACGCCCGCGAGCGCCGGAGGAUGCUGGGACUGAACGUCGCGUUCGAGCGGCUGCGCAGCGUCAUCCCGCGCCUGCAGAGCGAACGGAGGCUCUCCAAAUCUGAGACGCUGCAGAUGGCACAGAUCUACAUCGGGACUCUGAGCGAGAUGCUACAGGACAGAGCGGGAUCUCCGGAAACGAUGUCGGAAACGGAGAGCAGCGACGUUAAAGCGGAGGACAGAGUGGAAGAGGACUCUAGAGACUCAGAAAUGUGCUGCGGAGGACACACCGAGGAUCCGCUCACGCGGCAUGAGCUCAAAGGAACGCUGAACUUUUGGGAACGGAGCAAUGGCAUGAAGUAG